CGACGCGAAUCUGUGCCCGGAGUACCGAGUGCUAAAACUUUCCCUCUCCAUCGAAAUAAGAAAACAAGAAAAGUAGCCUGAGGGAUUGUAGAGCUGUGUGACCAGACCCAUCUGUGAAAGUAAAGCUCCUCUUAUAUCAGGCCUAAUUCAGAGCUGGGCUGCUACUGUCAGACCGGGUUGGAGGACAAUCAACUGCAACUGCUGCUGCUGCUGCUGCUGGUGUGUUUUGUGUGGUGUGGACUUUCUCACGUUGCGGUGGAGACACACACAUACACACAUACACAGGAGCUUGCAUGCCCGGUACUCCCCCCACCUCUCUCUCUCACACUCUCCCUCUCUCUCUGGCACAUACACACACCCUCUCAGAGGGAGAGGCAGUGUGAGUGGUGGAUCCUGUGGUGUGGAGUGUACUGAAGAGAGGAGAAGAGAGGAGCGGAGCGGCAGACUCUACCAUGCCAGUGCAGGGAGAAAGGCUGAAGCGCUGUCUCUCUCUCUGUCUCUGGAGCCGGAGUCCUCUACUGUUGCUUGGACUGUUCUCUCUUCAUGCGCAAGCACACGGCAACAUAUUGGACAGUAUGCUGCUAAGAGCAUCAAGUAAGGAGGCAGUGGAGAGUGGGAAGGAGACUAGUGGCAGCGCAGCUCCUGCUUCAUCCUCCCAAAGACUACUGUGGUGUCACUGUUACCACCACUGCCCAGAAGAUUCAACCAAUAACACAUGCAGGACCGAUGGCUACUGUUUUACCAUGGUGGAGGAGGAGGGAGGUGUACCGGUCCAGACUGCAGGUUGCCUGGGGCUGGUCGGGUCAGAGUUUCAGUGUAGGGACACAGGGAACUCACGUCAAAGGAGAUCGCUAGAGUGCUGUACAGACCAAGAUUACUGUAACAAAAACCUGCAUCCUACACUGCCACCACUCAAACCACCUCUCUAUGUAGAUGGAAAAAUCCACCACAUGGCCUUGUUGAUCUCAGUCACUGUUUGCAGUAUUAUAUUGGCUGUCAUAAUUGUCUUCUGCUACUUCAGGUAUAAGCGUCAGGAGUCCCGUCCUCGGUAUAGUAUUGGUCUGGAGCAAGAUGAGACCUACAUUCCCCCUGGAGAAUCUCUGAAGGACCUGAUAGAGCAGUCACAAAGCUCUGGCUCAGGCUCAGGGCUCCCUCUAUUGGUCCAGAGAACGAUAGCUAAGCAGAUUCAGAUGGUGAAGCAGAUCGGCAAGGGGAGGUAUGGAGAGGUGUGGAUGGGCAGGUGGAGGGGCGAAAGAGUGGCUGUCAAAGUCUUUUUCACCACUGAGGAGGCCAGUUGGUUCAGAGAGACUGAAAUCUACCAGACUGUCUUAAUGAGACAUGAGAACAUACUGGGUUUUAUAGCAGCAGAUAUUAAAGGAACUGGCUCUUGGACCCAACUCUACCUAAUCACCGACUAUCAUGAAAAUGGCUCUUUAUAUGACUACCUCAAAUCAACCACUCUAGACAAUAAAGCCAUGCUGCGUCUGGCCUACUCCUCUGUAUCUGGACUCUGUCACCUCCACACGGAGAUCUUUGGUACCCAGGGCAAACCUGCCAUUGCUCACAGGGAUCUGAAGAGUAAGAAUAUACUGGUGAAAAGAAAUGGGACCUGCUGUAUAGCUGACCUUGGCUUGGCAGUCAAGUUUAUCAGUGACACCAAUGAGGUAGACAUCCCUCCCAACACUAGAGUCGGUACAAAGCGCUACAUGCCUCCAGAGGUUCUGGAUGAGACUCUGAACAGAAGUCAUUUUCAGUCGUACAUCAUGGCCGAUAUGUACAGCUUUGGGCUCAUUCUCUGGGAGAUCGCUCGGCGUUGUGUCUCUGGAGGGAUCCUCGAGGAGUACCAAUUGCCAUAUCAUGAGUUAGUUCCUACAGACCCUUCAUAUGAAGACAUGAGAGAGGUGGUCUGCAUCAAGAGACUACGACCAUCCUUUCCUAAUCGAUGGACCAGCGAUGAGUGUUUGAGACAGAUGGGGAAGCUGAUGACAGAAUGCUGGGCCCACAACCCAGCUUCCCGCCUCACAGCCCUACGGGUCAAAAAGACACUUGCCAAGAUGUCAGAGUCACAGGACAUCAAGCUGUGAGCAGCCACUGCCAGGUGUGUGUUUACACACAUAGAAAAGGGCACUAACAAUCACACUGGCACUGGUCCAGGCCGUACAGACCUUUUUCUGGGAAAAGGAAGUAGGACAGGAAGCAAGAAGAUCAUUUUGGAGAUCACAGGAUCACAGACUGUGAAAAAAAAUGGUUACAGGACUAUGGUGGUUUACAAAAACUUAAAUUAAUAAAAAAAACAAUCAGGUCUCGUGUGGCCCUGUUCUGUCCAUCAGAGAAUAUGAGACAAUCUAGUUUCUGACUAGUGUGAGGACUCUAAAACCAGAUUUAGGUUCCUGUUCACAUGCUCCAAAGGCCUUGGAGAAAGAGAUUGAGUUUGACUUGGCACUGUAGCUGCAGAGAUAUGCAAACAGGCUACUGACCAUUGAGUGGAAUACUAUAAUAAUAUAUCACUGCUUUCUGUGAAAGCUACCCUACCUGUAGAUGAAGGUCUGACUGACAGAACUGAAGGGAUGUGCUAAAAGGCAAUCUGUUAUUGCAGCAUGACACCUCCUUUCAAAACACUGUCACUCCUCUACUGGCUUUAUAUUGUAAUUGGAUUGAACACAUUUUUGUCACUCUUAAAUUGAUUGCUUUUUCUUAAAAGGACUGACACUAUGUGACAGAAAAAAAAAUAUUUUGAGGCUUUAAAAGUUUUGUUUACGCUGGUACCGUUUGUAGACACUGAAGAAGAAAAGGUAUACCUGUAUUUUUGAGUUGUGCUGGGCUAUGAAAGUGUAUUUUCCAUGUAAAACUCAAACUCUUUAAGACUAUAUGUGAAAAAUAAAAUGUAUAUGUCCAAAUAAAUUCUGGAUUGAGGCUCUAAAGGCCUCUGUGUUUCCUUGCCCUCAAACAGAACUUUUAAAAACAAAACCUGAGCGGGGAGAGGAGGCAUCACAUGUGAUUGCGUGAUUGAUUGAAGCAGAGCGGUGCCAUCAGUAGGCGCACCACAGCAAUUACAGGAAGGGAAGUCUGCCAAGGCAAUCAGAAACUGUCGUACACUAACUGUAGUGGUGACUUCUUGCUUUACGAUGUAGUGAUCUAUUAUAAAUGUGUGGAAUUGUGACUGUGUUAGUUUAGGGGUACCACAAUUCAUUUGUCAUGGGGGAUUGCUAUCAUUCAGUGAUUCCCAGUAAUAAAGAUUGGCUUCUAUGUUAUAUCUUAAGCCUUCAUUUAAGACAUAACAGGUAAAAACAUAGUAUUCUUUAAAAACUGAACUUAAAAAAAAACAAAAGGUUGCUUCAUCCCGACCACCAGAGUGCCUCACACAUGUAAAUUAAAGCACACGUCAAACUGAUUCACCGUAAUAAACCAUUUGCAGAUGUCACAUAAAACUCAAAGGGCACUUGAGUCAUUUAAAAAAAAAAAUCCAUCAUCUAGCUUCUAUCAGGCAAAUUUCUCCAUAAAUUCAAAUUCUCACAUGGUGGCAGUCAGGUAUUGGGAAGCUUAAUCAGCCUUCCUGCCUCCGUAUGAAAUGGUUCUCCAAGUAAAUCUGGACACCUUUCAUCAUUACAGUUAGCAGGCUGUUAGGUUUUCCACAGCGGUGCCAAUUGAGAGUUCACUCAAAUGGCACUAACUGACUCAUUUUUAGUGUUUGCAGUCCAUUUGUAAAAUCCUUGAUAAACCUUCCUUCAGAGGUCGAUAACUUUUUUUGGUCUCUGCAGACUAAAAUUAUGGGGUGCUAGUCACGACUGGAGGUUUGGGUGUGACAGAUUUGUUGUGAUAUAAAUGCCCUUUCUAUCCUCUCGGGUGUUGUGCCUUAUUUAAUCUGUACCUACUGUAGUUGUCUGUGAGAGAAAGUGGUGUUUUUAUUCAGUAAAAAGGUUGAACA